AGGAAUACCAGAUACUCCCUUCAGUAAGGACAGAAAUGGUCAUGUGAAGCGACCGAUGAAUGCAUUCAUGGUUUGGGCAAGAAUCCACCGGCCAGCACUAGCCAAAGCUAACCCAGCCGCCAACAAUGCAGAAAUCAGUGUCCAGCUCGGGUUAGAGUGGAACAAACUUAGUGAAGAACAAAAGAAACCUUAUUAUGAUGAAGCGCAAAAAAUUAAAGAAAAGCACAGAGAGGAAUUUCCUGGUUGGGUUUAUCAGCCUCGUCCAGGGAAGCGAAAACGCUUCCCUCUAAGCGUUUCUAACGUAUUUUCUGGUACCACACAGAAUAUUAUCUCAACAAAUCCUACAACAAUUUAUCCUUAUCGGUCACCCACCUAUUCUGUGGUAAUUCCCAGCUUACAGAACACCAUCCCUCAUCCAGUUGGUGAAACCCCACCUGCCAUCCAGCUGCCCACACCUGCAGUCCAGCGCCCAAGCCCCAUCACGCUUUUCCAGCCCAACGUCUCCAGUACUGCCCAGGUGGCUGUCCAGGCUCCGAGUCUGCCACUCCGCCCAGCACUCCCACCCCAGCGCUUUGCUGGGCCUUCCCAAACUGACACUCAUCGGCUGCCUUCUGGAGCCAAUCACUCCAUCAAGAGGCCCACUCCUGUGUCUCUGGACACCACCAGCAGGAUUCCGACAAGUGCUAGUACCGCCCAUGCCAGAUUUGCAGCCUCCACCAUCCAGCCUCCCAAGGAGUAUUCCAGCGUUGCCACUUGUCCUAGAAGCGCUCCAAUUCCCCAGGCACCUUCCAUCCCACAUACCCAUGUCUACCAGCCCGCUCCCCUCGGCCAUCCAGCCACGCUGUUCGGAACACCACCACGGUUCUCCUUCCACCACCCUUACUUCCUACCUGGACCUCACUACUUCCCAUCAAGCACGUGCCCUUAUAGUCGGCCUCCCUUUGGCUAUGGAAAUUUUCCAAGUUCAAUGCCAGAAUGCCUCGGUUACUAUGAAGACAGGUACCAAAAACACGAGGCUAUGUUUUCAGCUUUAAAUAGAGACUAUCCUUUUAGAGACUACCCAGACGAACGCGCCCACAGCGAAGAUUCUCGGGGCUGCGAGAACAUGGACGGGCCCCCAUACUAUAACAGUCACAGCCACUGCGGGGACGGCUACUUGAGCCCCAUGCCCCCGCUGGACAUGGGGGCCCUGGAGAACGUCUUCACAGCCCCCACCUCCACCCCCUCCAGCAUCCAGCAAGUCAAUGUGACUGACAGCGACGAGGAGGAAGAAGAAAAAGUGCUCCGGAAUUUAUAACUUGAAAACCAAUAGCGCGGAAAAUAAACAUUUCUUAAA